CCAGUGAACCAUUCAGGAAGGGUGAUGCUUACCCAGCAAUGAGUUAACCAGUUACCCAUUCGCAUCCCAAGUUUGAAUGUCUAUUGACUCUGCUCCAUUGGGUUGCCAAGCCUCCAGAAUUGGCCUGGAGUCUGCAGGAAUCCGCAUCAAUCUCCCAGAGAUUAUUGAACGCAACCCUGGAGACCUGAAUAGGAUAUUUUAAGGAAAUGACAUUACGUCCAUGUUGGGAAAACAGUCUCUUGGAAAAGCUUCAGUCAGAGCUGGUGACCUUACUCCUCCACCAAACCCUGACCGCUGAAAGUGAGCAAGCAAGAGAGCGAGAGUUGGCUGUGGAGAAUUUGCCCAAGGACUAACUUUGCGUGUGUGCACUUUGUUUUUCAGACUUCCAGAGGAGAACUUUCUGGGCUUUAAUUUUACCUGGCCAUGCCGCCUCCAGCUAACACAGGCCUGGCCUACACCCCUCCUGAUGGGGGAUGGGGAUGGGCAGUAGUAUUCGGAGCAUUCAUUUCCAUUGGAUUUUCAUAUGCUUUCCCUAAAGCCAUAGCUAUCUUCUUCAAAGAAAUCCAGGAUUUCUUUGGCACAUCCUACAGUGAGAUUGCAUGGGUGUCUUCAAUUAUGUUGGCCACGACCUAUGGCGGAGGACCUAUUAGCAGUAUUUUAGUGAAUCGUUUUGGCAGCCGACCCGUGGUGAUAUUUGGAGGCCUGCUGUGUGGAGUCGGGAUGAUUUCAGCGGCAUUCUGCACGAGCAUUCUACAGCUCUACAUCUGCAUUGGCGUCAUUUCAGGAUUUGGCCUGGCUCUGAACCUUCAACCUUCAGUGAUCAUCAUCGGGAAGUACUUUUUGAAAAGGAGACCCAUUGCGAACGGCCUUGCCAUGGCUGGGAGCCCCGUAAUGCUUUGCACCCUGGCGCCUUUGAACCAGUUCCUUUUCGACCAUUUUGGCUGGAGGGGCAGUUUCUUUAUUCUUGGGGCAAUUCUGCUGAACUGCUGUGUGGCUGGUGCUCUCUUCAGGCCCAUUGGAAUGGCAGCCAGCCCUGCUCCGAAACAAGCCAUCAAGCACGCUGGACAAGAGCAGCCCAGUAAAAGUCUGGUGGAAAUGGUCCAUCCCAACACGGUCAGCUCGUUGGCUGGAACUGGCGAGAAAGAGGACAAAGACUGCUGUGAGAAGUUUAAUAAAUACCUUGAUUUGUCCCUCUUUAAGCACCGAGGUUUCCUGAUUUACUUGAUUGGGAACGUGCUCAUGUUUCUGGGAUUUUUUGCCCCUAUUGUUUUUUUGGCCCCUUACGCAAAGCACCUUGGCAUUGAUGAAUACUCAGCCGCCUUCCUUCUCUCUAUUCUUGCCAUGGUCGAUAUGGUCGCCAGGCCCGCCACUGGAAUCAUUGCCAACAGUAAAUGGGUGAGGCCAAAGAUCCAGUAUUUUUUCAGCUUUUCAAUUGCUUUUAACGGGGCCUGCCACCUCUUGUGCCCCUUGGCCACCGGCUACACGGGUCUAGUCGUAUACUCCGUCUUUUUUGGCUUGGCCUUUGGUAUGGUUUGUGCCAUGCUCUUCGAAACCCUCAUGGACCUCGUGGGAGCAGCGCGAUUCACAAGUGCAGUUGGCCUUGUCACCAUAGCGGAGUGUUGCACUAUACUUCUUGGACCACCUAUUGGAGGAACUCUUAUAGAUACUUUUGGAGAUUACAAGUACAUGUUCAUCAAAUGUGGAGCUGUGAUGGUCUUAGCAGGAAUAUUCCUGUUCAUCAUGAAUUACUACAAUUACCGGAUGCUGGCGAAAGAGGAGAAGGAGAAAAAAGAGAUGGAAGAGAACAUGCAGAACAGCAAACAUAUAAGGACAGAAACAGAGGAUGGAAAUAUCUGGGACAAAGAAAAGAUGCAGGAUGGGUCUGAGGCAGAACCUUUGAGAGAAGAACUGGGACUCAAAAAAGAAGUGAAUGGCAAAAGUGAAGUUUAAACUUGUUUUAAUGGGUUGACUGGGAUACUGCUGUUUGUGUUUCUCAAAUUGACUGCAACAGUGCCAUGAGUUUAGAUUUCUAAUUCUGCAUUUAUACUAUUUCUAUACUUUGCUUUGUCUGGGACACCCUUAAAGAGAGAAAAAUAAGGCUAGCUUUUUACGAAGUGCUGGAACAUACAGUAAAAUACUUGUUCCUAUAGUGCGGAAGCUCUGCACCAUUUGGCUUUAGCUAUUUCCUGUUCCCAAUAGGGAUCUUAAAAGCGUUGAGCCCACGUGGUUAAGCUGAACUGAGUACCCACUCACUGGUUUCAGGCAGGUUUGUACUUAACGUGGCUCUGGCCUUAUUUUCUUUGCCCCUUCUCACGCUGUUAGUAACGACACUGCUGUUAAUGCUCAUGCGAGCCUAGUGACAGCUUGCGGACGUAUAUGCAGGGGAAUCACUCCGCUAGCUCAUAGGGUAGAUGUAGCCACAGCCAAUGCAAAGCCGUCCAUUGGCUUCCGUGAGCUUUGAAUUAGAUAGUUUUAGAGAGGAAUCUUCCACUGCUCUGGAACCACGUAAGCGCUACUGACAUCAUGGGCUUGAUCCAUGUACAUUGAAACCAACCAAAAGGCUCCCGUUGUUGUCAAUGUGUCUUGGCUCAGGGCUUAAGGGCCGAUCUUGAAGGCUUCAAUGCCGCUCUCAUUUAGCAGCUACUCUUUUGCUAAUGAGGCAUCACCACAGGGAAAAUAACCUAGGCUUAAUACCAGUCAUCUUCAUUUGGAAGCCAUGUUCAGUUUAAAGCAGGGCUACUCAACACACAGCCUGCGGGCCACAUGCAGCUGGAGGCCGGUUUGUUUGAGAGCCGUGGUGCAGUUUGGGUUUACCCGGGGCUCAACACAUGGCCUGCGGGUGGGAACCUUUGAACAUGGCCUGCUCUGGGAACACGCUCCACAACGGCGAGGCAUCUCCCAGGAUGAGUGAGCACUGACAGACGCAAGCAGACAGGCUGGCUGGAACAGACGGGUACAGGGUGUCGGCUUUUCUAGCCGCCAGGGAGGGGUGCCGGGAGUACCGGGGCAUUGUGUGAAAGAAUCUAUUUGCAUAUAUUUGCAUAUAUAUUUGCAUGCAUACGCAACCACACUUAAUUUGCUGCCCUCGGCAUGUGCUGUGAAUAUCAUUGUGGCCCCCGGGGCUUCCAAAGUCGAGUAGCGCUGGUUUAAAGAUUCAGCUAGCGUUGCCAAUCCUCUAGGAUUGGCCUAGAGUCUCACGGAAUCAGCACCAGCCUCCCAGCGAUGAUUGAAAGCCACACAGGAGAUAUUUAAUAGGAUAUUUUAAGAAAAUGACAUGACAUCACGUGAGGGGAGGGAGAGAGGGAGGGUGGAAAUCUUCCGGAAUAGCUUCAGUUAGACCUGGCAACCGUAGACUCAGCUUGACUUAAAGCCCUUGCUUCUGACAAGACCGUAUUCCCUGGUACAUGAUUGCGUAUGUGCCCUGUAGUUGGUAGGCAACAUUGUCUUGUGGAUUGAGCACAGGACCUGUAACGAGGCCAUCAUUAAUUCUAGCAUCAGCUCGACCAACAACAUCCUCGACCAUCAACAUCAAUAACCUGGGAAAACUAAGUAGGAACAAUUAGAGAAUGACUUAUACACAGGGGUGCUGGAACAAUCUGGAUAGCCGGGUGCUGAAAGCUAGUGAACCAAACUGCUCACCAUGUAUAUGAUGGAAACCACUUCAAGCCAAGGGGUGUGGCAGCACUUACACUUAACCUCUACUCCUGACUCGUCCCAUUGACCGUGAGGCGAUUUAUCUGAGUAAAGAUAAGCAUGUGGGCUUGCAGGAUCUAGGCCCUAGUAUGGGAACACCAUUCUAGUAGGAGCAGUAGGAGGAAGACAGCCUGGGGACUGGAUUCGAUGACCUCUCGAGGUCCCUUCCAGUCCUAGUAUUCUAUGACAAAUCCUUGUAUCAGAGGUUGGGGAUGAGGCAGGAGCGGCUCACAGAAUUGGAGAACAGGGCUGAUACUGCAGAAAGAGACCUUCUUAAGAUGGGCUACUCACACAAACGCAUCCCAAUAUCACGUGGUACCAAAACAUCCCAGUGUCAAAGAUAGGUAAAAAAUAUUCCCUAAGGAUAACAGGAACACACUGACCUCCCCUAAAAGAUACGGUCAGGAUGACGAUACAUAAUAGAGAUGUUUUUAUCGAACCAACAUGUCCAAGGUGAUGGCAGGGGGCAGUAUUAACUUGUCUGCGUGGAGAGGCCUGGGCUACACUCAGGGAUAAGUUCAAAUUAAGCUACGCGACUCCAGCUACGUUAGUUGCGUAGCUUAAGUCGAAGUAUGUUAACUUGAAUUUUGGCGUUGUCUGCACUGCAGGAAGUCGAAGGGAGCACGCUAUCCAUUCGACUUCCCUUACUCCUUCUAGAAGCAGGACUACUGGCAUCGACAGGAGCGCCUUCUUGGUUCGAAUUAGCGUGUCACUAGAUCCUGCUAGUUCGAACCUCGGCUGAUCGACUGAAGCUGCAUUGAUCUUAUCUCAAGAGGAAGUAUCUUUGUCCAGCUGAGGAGGGAAUGGAAAAUCGUGCUAUUCACUGAGCCGCAUCCAUUGUAACGGGCAUACAUGUCUUAAUAUCCUUGUAGAAUCUGCCAGGUGCUAGUAUGUGUUUUAUCAGGAAUAAACCUGGCCUGGUGCCUUUGUGCCUUAAA